AUGUUGGUCUCAAACAUAAUGAUUGGUUGGCAACUGAAGCGAAUGCGCGAAUUCAGCAAACGGCGGCAAGCAACGCACACACAACGAGUUCGAAUACCUAGCAUUGUUCCAAGUAGUCAACAUGACGAUUUGUCCACCCGGAGCAUUGCGUCUACCGUAAUUAAUAGUUCCAGAAUGCGCUCCUCCGAAACCAAAGAAUGUGAACGAAAGCGUCGUCGUCGUGAGCCGAACGACUCCAUGAAGGUCAAGUCCAACACAGAAAAAUCAUCCGCUUUGACUGCAAUGUUGAUUGCUAUAAGUGUGUUCUUUAUGGUCAGUGUUUCGCCUCUGAUGAUCUACGACGUUCUCUAUUACGCGGUAGACUUAAACAAGUGGAUUGAAGGGGAUGAACCAUGGAGAGUGACUAUCAUCGUUGCCGUAGAACGCUUUGUUUACACAUUGUGGUAUACAAACUUUGCGAUUCAUUUCAUACUAUACUGCCUUAAUGGUCCACCUUUUCGAGCUAAAGCUGUCAGUCUUUUCCGAUCAACCUGUUGUCGUCCAUUGCAUCAAGGGCAUUGUGCCUUGAUUGAAGGUGGACCAUCGGUAAUCGAAUGUGAGAAAAUGAGAUUGAGGAUCACAGCAUCCACAAAAACAACGCAACGGACAACUGCACAGAAAACAACACAACAGACGUCACAGGAAGCUUGGGAAUCCAAGAAGUGGAUGGUAGGAAAGUCACAAGAUCAAGCUAAAGGUCAAGUGCGUGUGGUAGUUCCAGCAAUAAUAUUGGAGGCAGAAGAUCCUGAUAUUUCCAACGAGCGGCGCGUGGCCAGCACAUUUAUAUAA